AUGCGAGCGGACCCAAAGACAGAGUCUCCAUCAAGCGAGGGAUCACCAGCCCCAAAGCAGGAUCCGCUGGAAAGAAGAAGAUUACAGAAUCGUCUCUCGCAGCGAAACCACCGUCGCAAGAUCCGAGACCGCAUCGCUAAGCUGCAAGAGCGGGUUAUUGCGAAUGAACUACGAGCUGCAGCGACACUGAAUGGCUGGGAUCAGACAUAUUCCCCUCCAUACAUACCAGCACACCACCAUUCUCCCUACUACGAGGAGCCUGAAUUGACACUCGACUCACGAGACCAUUCACCGCAAAGCACAGAGCCGUCCACGCCAUUCUUCCCAUCGUAUAAUUUCCCUCAAUCAUAUUCGACUGAUCUCCUCGCUCAACCAUUCGAGUCAUUGGAGGAUCCGUGUUAUGUCGAAUCUGCGUUGGGCUCUACAGUACCGAACCAAUCUAGCCCGGGCAUGCAGGUGGAAAAUGAUCAGAAUGUGGAAUUCUUCCAUGAUCCAUGGGGAAUGCUCAGAACAGGAAGCUUAGUGGGAGAUUUGGGAUCACUCAAUCAGCCCAGUAUCUACGUCGCGACAGGUAAAUCUCAAUUUGUCUCUUCUAUAUGGCGAACUAAUAACAUGCUAUAG